AAAAAAUCGUGUGUGGAGAAAUUAGAGAAGAAGAAGAAAUUAUCAGUGUGCUUGGAUGGCGAUGACAGUAGCAGCAGCUUCGUCCUCAAUGGCAGUGAUGAUUCCACGUGUCCCUGCCGUAUCCGCCCGCUGCCCCGCCGUUCCUUACCUUCCUCCUCGCUCUUUUGGCCGUUCCUCUUACACUGUUCCGGUGACGCUAUUUUCAGGGGAUGGUGGUUUACACAAGGUUGAGUUGAUGAAGACGAGAGCUUCUUCAUCAGACGAGACCUCAACGGCCAUUGACACCAAUGAACUCUUCACAGACUUGAAAGAAAAGUGGGAUGGUCUUGAGAACAAGACCACUGUGGUUAUCUACGGAGGAGGAGCCGUUGUUGCUGUUUGGUUAUCUUCCAUUGUUGUUGGUGCCAUCAACUCUGUUCCUCUGCUUCCAAAGGUUAUGGAACUUGUUGGUCUUGGUUACACAGGAUGGUUUGUCUACAGAUACCUUCUCUUCAAGUCAAGCAGAAAGGAGUUGGCUGAGGAUAUUGAUUCCUUGAAGAAGAAGAUCGCAGGGACCGAAUAGAUUCCAUUCAAAAAAAUUAUAAAACCAGCUUUCUCUGUCGGGUUUUCCUGUAAUAUAUUAUAUGAUUAUACAAUGUUUCUAUUUCAACAAUGUAUCUUCUUUGCAGUUUGAGUCUUUAUUAAUUUGAUCCACCGGCAUUGUGAAAACAAUUUAGUUUGAGGAGAAACUCUAGUUAUCCGCAUCUAGAAGAGAUUCUCAUCAAAGUAAUAAUAUUUUUC